AUGGCUGUGCCUCCUGCGUCUGCUGCUGCUGCUGCUACUGCUAGCCCGGCUUCCGCCGCUUCCUCGCUUCGCUCGCCGACCGUACGGCCUGGGGUGCUUCCAAGCGACUCUUUGGUGGCACCGACCGGCAUGGCUUCACCCGCUUCGCCUGAGCCCCACACGUUGGACGAGGAGUUCCUUGCGAGCUUUCUCGACUGGGGCCCCGACAGUGACUUCGGUUCCCAUGCUCAUGCUCGUUCUCGCGCUCGUUCGUCGACGCCGCCUGCUCCUACUGAAAUCUCUGCUGUUCCGGAUGCCAUGGUCGAUGCUCUUGCUGUUGCUGUAACUCUGCCGUAA